GGAAGGAGGUGUGUUCUGCUGAUCUGUUAAAUUCUUAGUGAAGUUUCCUUGAUUCCUAGUGGCUGAUGCUGUUUGAGUUUGGUUUGGAGCAAAACUAAGGUAGUCCUGACAUUUCUGGGACUGCAUCCAGACAAGAGGAAGAAGAAAAAGAAGGAGGAGGAAAAGAGAAGGAAGAAAAGGUAGGGAGAAGUGAAGAGAGACCAGAAGUGUAGGAAAGGGGAGAAAUCCUUUUUCAACAUCACAUUCCUGCGUUUUCCCUGAGCCUGGAAAACAUAUUAAUCCCAGCGCUUUUACACCCGGAAACAAAGGGACAAAGCCAAACUGUGGGAGAAAGGGUGAUAAGAAGGAUCCUGGAACUCUACAGAGGGAAAAAGCAAGCUUUAGACAUCACCAGGACUCCACCGUAAGGAAAGUUUUGUGUCACUAUAAGGGACGGGCACACAGAGACACACAAGAUCGAGGAGAAACUGCAGACAAAUGGAGACACAAAGACUGACAAGGACAGCACCUUUCACCUCUUCCCACUCGUCCAGAAGGUAAAAAGUCACAGCCAGAAAGGAGAGAAGUUGGGUCUGCUCUCUGACCAGGACAGGCUGUGAUCUGCAGCGUGAACUGGAGCUGCAGCCCACCCGCUUUGUAUUGCUCACCCUCAGCCGGCCAGCUGGGAGAGAAAGGGUUGAGAAGGAAAGUGUUUCAUCUGGGAAACUGUCCUGGGGACCAAACUUCAGAUUUCUCUCGGAAUCCUUUCUGCCUUAUGAGUCACCAUCACCCUGAAGCAAAUUAGACAAUGACGCGGAGAAUGGGACCAGGUCUGGCCAUGCUGUUGGCAGUGUGGCUGGUGUGUGGGUCAGAACCCCACCCCUCUGUCACCAAUAGAGCCAGCCAUGGAGGGCGGAAAGUGCGUUUGGCCUCCCUGGUGAGCAGCCGGCCAGCUCGGUUUCUGAGGCACACGGGGAGGUCCCGCGGAACUGACAAAGCUACUUUGGAAGAAUUAAAUCCUCAGCCCCUUCAAAGAAGGAGGAACGUGCCAGUGUUGAGGCUAGAUCGCCCCACGGUGCUGCCACCCCCAUUAGGCAUCCGCAGGGCUCCCUUGAGACCUGAGGUGAGAUCCACAGCCAGAAGCGCCCUGCGUGACAUGGUUCGAGAUGAGGGAUCCUCCUCUCGGUCAAGAGUGUUGCGUUUCCCCUCUGGCUCCAGCUCGCCCAACAUCCUUGCUGGCUUUGCAGGGAAGAACAGGGUGUGGGUCAUCUCGGCCCCCCAUGCCUCCGAAGGCUACUACCGCCUCAUGAUGAGCCUCCUGAAGAAUGACGUGUACUGUGAGCUGGCCGAACGGCACAUCCAGCAGAUCGUGCUGUUCCACCAGGCAGGUGAGGAAGGGGGCAAGGUGCGAAGGAUCACCAGUGAGGGCCAGGUCCUGGAGCAGCCCCUGGACCCCAGCCUCAUCCCAAAGCUGAUGAGCUUCCUGAAGCUAGAGAAGGGCAAGUUUGGCAUGGUGCUGCUAAAGAAGACCCUGCAGGUGGAGGAGCGUUACCCUUACCCCGUGAGGCUGGAGGCUAUGUACGAGGUCAUCGACCAAGGUGCCAUCCGCAGAAUAGAGAAGAUCAGGCAGAAAGGUUUUGUGCAAAAGUGUAAGGCCGCCGGCGUAGAGGGCCAGGUGGUGGAAGAGGGGAGCAGUAGUGGAGGAACAGCAAGCAGACCAAGCCUGGGCAGUGAGGCAAGGAAGGAGAACUCAAGGAGAGCACAAGUCUCCCCAACCAGAGAGACUAGGGUAAAGGUGAUGAGAAAACUGGCUACCACCACUGUGGCUCCUCCCUCACCUCCACCAACCCCAAGGGCUACCACGUUUCCUCCUGCCUCAGCCACAACAACUGUGCGGGCCACGGCCAGGGUGGUCACAGUAGCUGCGAGACCUCUGACCACCACAACCUUGCCAGCCACCCAGAGGCCCUGGACUCCCUGGGGGCACCCCUCCCCAGCCUCCCACAGGCCGCCUGCAACCACAGCUGGGGUGACCACUGAGAAGGGGCCCUCAGUCUCAGAGAAUCUUUACCCUCCACCCAGAAAGGAACAGCAGAGGGAGAGGCCACAGGCCACCAGGAGGCCCAGCAAGGCCACUGGCUUUGACAGCCACACAGUCACCCCUCCCACCACCUCAGAACCCAGCACAAAGGCUGCUGGCCCAGGCCGUUUCCAGGACAACCACACAGAUAGGCGGGAACAUGGCCAUCGGGACCCAAAUGUGGUGCCGGGUCCUCACAAGUCAGCAAAGGGCAAACUUCCCAAAAAGAAGGUCCAGGAUAAAAUUCUUAGCAAUGAAUAUGAGGAUAAGUAUGAGCUCAGCCGACCUACGGCCUCUCAGCUGGAGGAGGACCUGCAGGUGGGGAACAUUCCCUCCCAAAACGCAAAGGAAUCUAAAAAGCACGAGAAACUGGAGAAACCUGAGAAAGAGAAGAAAAAAAAAGCAAAGAAUGAGAAACCAGACAAGGCAUUCAAGAGUGAAAAGCAAAUAAAGAAGGCUGAGAAAAAGAACAAACAGGAAAAAGAGAAGAGUAAAAAGAAAAAAACAGGGAAAACUGAGCAGGAUGGAUACCAGAAACCCAGCGGGAAACAGCCCCCACCAAGUCCCAGAAAGUCAGUGACUGACCUGCUGGCAUCCUUCGAAGGCAAACGCAGGCUCCUCCUGAUCACCGCUCCCAAGGCUGAGAACAGCAUGUACGCGCAGCAGCAUGAUGACUAUCUGGAGAAUUUCUGCAAGAUGGCCACCCGAAAACUGUCCGUCAUCACUGUCCUCGGCCCUGUCAGUAACAGCUCCAUGAAAAUCGACCACUUCCAGCUAGAUAAUGAGAAACCCAUGCGUGUGGUGGAUGAUGAAGACUUGGUAGACCAGCACCUCAUUAGUGAGCUGCGGAAAGAGUAUGGGAUGACCUACAAUGACUUCUUCAUGGUAUUGACAGACAUUGAUCUGCGAGUCAAGCAAUACUAUGAGGUGCCGAUUGCAAUGAAGUCUGUGUUUGAUCUGAUUGAUACAUUCCAGUCCCGAAUCAAAGACAUGGAGAAGCAGAAAAAGGAGGGCACUAUUUGCAAAGAGGACAAGAAGCAGUCCCUGGAGAACUUCUUAUCCAGGUUCCGAUGGAGGAGGAGGUUGCUGGUGAUCUCUGCUCCUAAUGAUGAAGACUGGGCCUAUUCACAGCAGCUCUCUGCUCUCAGUGGACAGGCAUGCAAUUUUGGUCUGCGUCACAUAACUAUCCUAAAGCUUCUGGGCAUUGGAGAGGAAAUUGGAGGAGUUUUAGAACUGUUUCCAAUUAAUGGGAGCUCUGUUGUUGAGAGAGAAGAUAUACCUGCCCAUUUGGUGAAAGAUAUACGGAACUAUUUUCAAGUGAGCCCAGAAUACUUCUCCAUGCUCCUAGUUGGAAAAGAUGGAAAUGUCAAAUCCUGGUAUCCUUCACCAAUGUGGUCCAUGGCGAUUGUGUAUGACCUGAUUGAUUCAAUGCAGCUUCGGAGACAAGAAAUGGCCAUUCAGCAGUCACUGGGAAUGCGCUGCCCGGAAGAUGAGUACGCAGGCUAUGGUUACCAUAACUACCACCAAGGAUACCAGGAUGGUUACCAGGAUGACUACCGUCACCAUGAGAGUUACCACCAUGGGUACCCUUACUGAACAGAAAUACGUAACUUAGCCCCAGCCAGUUUUCUCUGCAGCUGCUAAAGCCACACGCGGACAGCUACACAGGAGAAUUCUUCUGUACUGUUUCCACUUUCUGUCUUUUUCUUUCAGAGAUCUUUUAAGAUUAAAUAAAUAGCAAGGUUUUGCCUA